AUGGAAGUGAAUAUUCUUUUGAAAGCUAACAUUGAAGGGUUAGCUCUAUUUUUGGAAGAUGUCUUUGUAACACUAUUUGUAAAUCUUUUGACUAAGGAAUAUUGUGGAAAUCCGGGGGCUGGGGCCUGUCGAGGUGCGGGGAUACCGCCUAAUCAAACUCAAUUUGCUAGGGACCUCGUUGCAGCACUUACAGCUGCAAAUCUUUUGAACCAAGCCCCUAGGGAGAAUGUCGAGGAUUGCGCUAUGGUAGCAAUGAGGGAGUUUAGCCGUAGGAACCCUCCGGUGUUUGACGGGACUAGUAGCGACCCCUUGGUAGCCGACCACUGGCUAGCUCAGAUCCGUAAACUCUUUAGAGCUCUAAAUAUCACUGAAGAUACUAUCAGAGUGGGUAUCAUGGCUGUUCAACUAGUUGGGGAAGCUGGUGAAUGGUGGGAAUCUGUCCUAGAGAGUAGGAAGGAUGCAAGAAGGGCGGCAAAGAUUGCAGCUCAAGUGAUCGAACCGGAUGUUGAAAAUUUGACAUGGGCUGAGUUUGAGACGCUCUUUGAGGAUCAAUACUUUCCGGAAACUUCACGUGAGAAUUUGAGGGAACAAUUUGAGAAGCUAGAACAGGGAAAUAUGACCGUUUCAGAGUACGUACAGAAAUUUCAAUCUUUGUCCCGUUUCGCCCCAGAGUUGGUGGCGACGGAAGAGAGGAAGUGUCGACGGUUUGAAAAGGGACUACAUAACACUGUGAGAAGAAUAGUGAUGGUCCAACGUAAGAUGAAAUUCUCUGAAGUUGUGGAAUGUGCAAGGAGCAUCGAGAUACCGAAAGAAGCUCAACGAAAUACAAGGGCUUGGGAGCCAAGGCAAUCAAUGGGGAGUUUGAGUUCUUCCUCUGGCAGUUUUGGGAGCCAAGGGCGGAAAAGACAGAGGGAACCAUCUCAGCAACCAUCUAACCAACCUAGCUUUAAGGUGCCUUCGUCUUUGGGAACUCGGGGUGCUUCGCCUAGACCACCGACCGUGUGCUACAAGUGUAAUCAACCAGGGCAUAUCCGUGCUCAGUGUCCGCAGCUUCUUAAGGCGUGUUAUAAUUGUGGUAAGACAGAUCACUUCGCUUGGAGUUGCCCUCAAGGGGCAGGAGCGCGUAGUGAGUCGGGCUCUGUACAGCAGCCGGGGAGUUCUGGAGUUGACCGAGGAACGAGUUCGUCCGCACCUUCCCAAGGUUCCGGUCAAAGAGGAGGUUUUGUGCAGGGACAGGGUACCCAGGGGCGUAUUUUCAACAUCAACACCAGUGCUUCACCUUCUGUCUCUCAGGCUCCAGAAACAUCAGUUGUAAGGGGUACUUUUCUUCUAUUCAACUCUUUUGCUCGAGUACUCUUUGAUUCUGGAGCCUCGCAUUCCUUCAUUGUUGCGUCAUUUGUGUGUGCAUUGGAAUUGGACACUGAGAAUCUUGAUUCGCCUUUGUUUGUUGAGACGCCAUUAGGGGGAAAAUCAUCUCUAAAUCGUAUCUGUAAGGGGUGCGAGCUCGUUAUUUGUGACCGUCGCUUCGAUUUUGACUUUAUCGUGCUAGACAUGUCGGGUUUCGACCUCAUUCUUAGAAUGGAUUGGUUGUCUACAUUCCACGCUGCGAUCGAUUGUUUUAAGCGUCGUGUUCGCAUAUGUCCGCCUGAGGGUGUUUGUUUCGAAUUCCAUGGGGAGCGUCGGGAACCGUUAGCACCGUAUUUGUGUGGGUCUCAAGAAAUGGAGUUAGUUUAUGCUAUGUUGGCGAGCUUGACGUUAGAUGAGGAUAUGUCGUCGUGUGGGGAGUUACCCUUUGUAGUUCGCGAGUUUCCCGACGUAUUUCCGGAAGAGUUACCCGGUUUGCCUCCCGAGAGAGAAAUCGAGUUCACGAUAAACUUGCUUCCAGGCACCGCUCCUAUUUCGAUUCCUCCUUAUCGCUUUGCACCCGCGGAACUUAGAGAGUUGAAAGUUCAGCUGCAGGAGUUAGAAAAUUUGAGGUUUAUUAGCCCUAGCACAUCACCGUGGGGAGCACCGGCUUUAUUUGCCCAAAAGAAGGAUGGUUCACUUCGUUUAUGUAUCGAUUAUCAUAAGCUUAACCGUGUGACCAUUAAGAAUAAGUAUCCCAUGCCUAGAAUAGAUGACUUGUUUGAUCAACUUCGAGGUGCCACUUGCUUUUUCAAAAUCGAUUUGAGGUCCGGUUAUCAUCAGUUGAGGGUUCGUAGAGAGGAUAUUCCCAAAACUGCUUUCCAUACUCGCUAUGAUCAUUACGAAUUUGUUGUGAUGCCAUUUGGUUUGACUAAUGCUCUUGCUCCUUUUAUGGACCUAAUGAAUCGCAUCUUUCGUGCCUACCUCGAUCAUUUUGUGGUUGUAUUCGUUGACGACAUUCUCGUUUAUUCAUCCACGGAAGAGGAACACCGAACUCAUUUUGCCAUCGUUCUUGAACUCUUGAGGGAACAUCGUUUAUACGCCAAGCUUAGUAAGUGCGAGUUUUGGUUACCCGAAGUUAAGUUUCUGGGUCAUGUGGUUUCGAAGGGAGGAGUAUCCGUUGAUCCAGGAAAGAUAGAAUCCAUUAUGAACUGGCAGCGACCGAAGAACGUGUUUGAAAUUUGA